GAAGCAAACCGCGCGCCAGUUGGCCACAAACCAUGCCGUCGUUAGGCCGCACGCGAUGGCUGAUACUUAUCGGCUUGCCAUUGACACUAUUCGUAUGUCUGCUGGUCAGUCAGAACGCAUCGGACUCGGACAGAGGGAUCGUCGCGGCAGGAGGGAGAGCGACCUCGAAGCUCAAAGGACUGGGCCUGCACAUCGGCUCUACCGCGAUGCGGUACACGAAUGGCCCCGCGAGAUGGCUCCGGAUGGGCUUGACAGGCGAAGCGGCCAAGGAAAGCGAGCUUGUCGAUGACAUCCAAAUUGCACCUUCACACAUAUCGGCCGAUCAUGCGAGCCAGAUCUCACUUGCCUAUCGCAAUAAGCUCAAAGAGAUCAGGCCGGCCUUGCCUCACUCCAAAACACUCGGGUUCAGCCGUAUUUAUGUCAUCUCACUUGCAUCACGGACCGACCGACGCGCGCGAAUGAAGAGGAUAGCGCAUGCGCUCGGCAUCGAGCUGACCUUUAUCGACGCGGCACCGAAAGAUUCCGAUCUUAUCAAAUGGAUAGCAGAGCGCGUCGUCAAGGUCAGGAGCGAGAAGCGACGGCUCAUUGCUCGAGCGCGUUCGGUGGACGAAGCCGAGCUCGGCGGCUCGACAGUCGGCAGCGUCUGGCUGGCCCCCUCCGUACCCUGGAAGAUCAACCCGGCGCUGGAACAGCCUAGUGAGGAGACAGACUGGGAAGGAACAGACAAAGUCAUCUGGCCCUCGCUCAAGAAGGAUCAUUACGAGGGCAUGGACUGGGUCGAAUACCUCAAUACUCGCCCCGAUCCCUACCUGACACUCAAGCCAGACGAUCCUGACCUCAAUGUCACGAGCGCACUAUGGGACUACCUCGACUCGUACGCAGCUCGACAAGUCAACGACGCCGUCAUCGCCACCUGGCACUCGCAAACGCGCGCCUUGCACAAGAUGAAAGAGAAUGGCGAUACGACCGCGCUCGUGCUGGAAGACGACGUCGAUUUCGAAUGGGAUAUCGAGAAUAUGUGGAACACGAUCAAGACCUUCUUGCCGACCGAGGAAAAGCCCCGCGAGGGCAGCGAACCUUGGGAGAUGGUCUUCCUCGGUCACUGUUGGGGAGCAGAAACCUCAAGAGGCGCAUAUUUCCAUCCUCACCUAUAUCGGUCCUAUGCGCCCAGAUGCUUGCAUGGCUGGACCGUCUCCAUCGCGGGCAGAGACAGACUUCUGCGACAGAUGUCAGACCCCUGGCUGGCCUACCAGCUUCCUGUCGAUACUGCCGUUUCGACCUUUAUUCGCGCUGGCGCAUUGGAAGCUUACAGUAUAGAACCACCCAUCAUCAUCCAGAGCAAAGAUACGCCGAGUGACAUACAACCAGGCCUGGGCAGUCCUUGGAGCGGCCUCCUGCAAGACUCAACAAUAGAGCGAAUCUGGCGACACGAUGGCCUCAUCGUACCGCGGCACAACGAAUCUGUUAUGCAGCGUGACCCUGCCACGCGUCUCAGAGUACGUCUGACGCGACGAGCGAUCAUGCAAAGAUGGGCACUGGGCCCUCAAGCGGACAGCAAGGAAGGCUAGCGCACACAUUCACGACAGGCUGUAAUGCAUAUGGUCUAGCACUACUCUUCCGUGU